AUGGCCAUCUUCUCAAACCCGUUGCGGUCUCGCGAGAACCGCACUGGUAAAUUACCAAAGUAUGAGCAGCUGAGUCCUCUACGAGCAAAGGAGCGCCCCUCCAACGACGACGACUACUACUCCUCCGACGAUGAAUCGGAAGACUACUCUACUACGUCCUCGCCUAGUGCGCGGAGUUCAAGACAUACCUCGGCCUCGCUCUCGAGCGCAGCAAUGAUGCUCCCCAAACGGGCCCUCGCGACUGCCCGCCGCCCGCGCACCCAUCUUUACCGGCUUCCCAAUCGCAUCAUUCGUUACCUCUGUUUUGGACUGGUCGCCUUUAUUGUCCUCAUGAUCAUGUCUCUGGUACGCGCGAGUCACGUCGAGAACAAGAUGAUUAUGGAGGGUAAAGUGGAAAAGAAACCGGAUCCUCCACCGGUGUGGGAGUCUUUCGGGUUUCUCCAAAGAUAUUACGGUGGCGUCAGGUCUAUCGUCCCUCCUUCCAAGUACAUUCCCUCCUACCCUCGCUCCCAGGAUGAGCUUUCUCUGGACCUGCUCGACAUCAACACUACGGCCACUGCGACGAGCGAAGACGGGAAGGACGAUGCCGUGAGACGAGCUGUCCCCAAGAGCAAGAACAUCUUGGAGCAUCCGGGCUCUAUUUUCGUCACCAAGCCGGAGAAGAUGAACGAGUGCUUCAUUGACAAGGACAACAAGGUUCGCGUUCCGCCAAUUCGGUAUCUUGAGGGUCGGCCCCAAGGAUUCCCCCAGCACGCCGAAGGCUCUUACGAGCUCCUAGGCCUGCCCGAAGAUAUUUGCUAUGAACGUUUCGGACGUUACGCGCCUUACGGUUUUGGAUACUCUGUCCCUGCUGGAGGCCUGGGAAUCGGUGAGCAUGGCGAAAACGAAGGCUCCGAAGACGUGUGGGAAACGACGCCCAAGGUCGACUGGCGCCAAGUCGACUGGGCCGAUGCCCAGCGCCGCUGUUACCAGGCCAAUAACAACAGGUUUAAACCGAUGCCUCCCAAGACCCCCUCUGGUCGUGGCUUCUUUGUCGAUGAGCCUACCCAGAAUGCGACACUUGCCACGCGCGAUCCCCUCGAGAACCUGGAGCCAAUCGCCAAACCUGCCCAAGAUGACCAGAACACUGGCCAGGAACAAAAGACUGAAAAGGAAAAGACUGGUCGCACCGCUGUCGUGAUUCGCGUUUGGGACGAGUACGACUGGCGCGAAGAGGACAUCAUGAAUGUCCGUUCAGUCAUUGCGGAGCUUUCGUUAGCCUCGGGUGGACGCUACGAUGUCCAUCUACUGGUCCAGGUCAAGAACGAUGCAGCAUACCCGGUUUGGGCCGAUCAUGAGGUUUAUGAGCGCCGCAUUAGAGAGCGCAUUCCUGAGGAGCUCCGAGGCCUGGUUACGCUCUGGACCGAGACUCAGAUGCUAUCUCUGUACCAGGGCAUCUUCGACCUCUUCACCCGUGGCCCUGACCUGCCUGUCCACGGAGUGUACCGCGGCCUUACCAUGGCCAUGCAAUACUUUGCCUACGAACACCCUGAGUAUGACUUCUAUUGGUCCUGGGAGAUGGAUAUCCGCUACACCGGCCACUACUACGACCUGUUCUCCAAGAUUGAGAACUGGGGCAAGGAGCAGCCGCGGAAGGGACUUUGGGAACGCAACGCCCGCUUCUACAUACCCAGCGUUCAUGGCUCAUGGGAGGAUUUCAGACAGAUGGCUCGCGUCCAAUCCGAGAUGGGUACCGAUGGCCCCGACAACGUUUGGAAGAACAUUCCUGGCGCAAACAAGAACAAGGAGGACAAGAACCCCGCCAAGAUCUCCAGAGGGGAGAAGACCAUCUGGGGACCUGAGCGCCCCACCAGCAAAGAUGACUGGUUUGAAAUCGAGAACGACCCCAAGCCUCCUACCACGUACGAGAAGGAUAAGUACACCUGGGGCGUUGGCGAGGAGGCCGACUACAUUGCCUUCAACCCCAUCUUCGAUCCCGAGGGAACUACCUGGCUGCUGUCAGAGGAUAUCACGGGAUACAACAAGAACAACCGAGACGAGCCUCUGCCGCCUAGGAGAGCGCACAUCAUUACAGCAUCUCGUAUGUCUCGUCGUCUUCUCAUGACAAUGCAUCGGGAAACUGCUUUUAAGAAGCACUUCGCAUUUCCCGAAAUGUGGCCCGUAACCGUUGCUUUUCAGCACGGAUACAAGGCUGUUUUCGCACCUCAUCCCAUGUACGUCGACCGAGAAUGGCCUACCGAGUACCUGGCUCAGGUCCUCAAUGGCGGCAAGAACGGCGCCAGCGGCGGCUCCCGCACUGCUGUCUUCGGCCAGCGGGAGCACAAUCUCCGUGGUCUGACCUGGUUCUACAACUCGGGUUUCGCCCCGAACUUGUACCGCCGAUGGCUAGGCCUCAAGGUCAACAACGACGGCGGCGAGGAGUUCGAAAAGACGGAAGACCUGAGUAAGGACGGCUCUUCCGUUGGCCAGAUGCGUGGCGGCGAGGGCCGGAUGUGCCUGCCGCCCAUGCUGAUCCAUCCCGUAAAGGGAGUUGAGAUUCCGGUGGAGAAGAUCCCCGAAGAGGCGAAGGACAACGUUCCUGAAUCUGACCCGAAUGCCUAA